AUGAAACCCCAGUCACGCUGCCCGAUUCGGAACGCCGCUCGACUCCUUGUUCUCGCCGCCCGAUUCCCCGUCAUGCCUGGCGAUUCUUCUUUCCCGCCGCCCGAUUUCCCUUUCCCGUCGCCCGCCCGAUUCAUGUUCCCCCGCCGCCCGAUUCAUGCGGGCCGCCCGUCCGCCCCUUCCCGCCGCCCGAUUCCCGUUCCCCCGCCGCCCGCUUCCCCUUUCCCGCCGCCCGAUGCGCAUUCCCGCCGCCUGAUCCCCUUUUCCCGUCGCCUCCCUUUUCCCCUGUCCGUCGCCCGACCCCCCUUCCCGUCCUUCUCUCCCUCCCUUCCAUCCCUUCUCUCCCUUCCCUCCCUUCUCUCCCUUCCCUCCCUUCUCUCCCUUCCCUCCCUUCUCUCCCUUCCCUCCCUUCUCUCCCUUCCCUCCCUUCUCUCCCUUCCCUCCCUUCUCUCCCUUCCCUCCCUUCUCUCCCUUCCCUCCCUUCUCUCCCUUCCCUCCCUUCUCUCCCUUCCCUCCCUUCCCUCCUUUCCCUCCAAUCCUCCCUUCUCUCCAGUCUCUCCCUUCCCUCCCUGUCUCCCUUCCCUCGCUCCCUCCUUCCCGCCCUUCCCUCCCUUCUCUCCCUUCCCGCCCUUCUGUCCCCCCUUACCUUCUCUCCUCUUUUCUCCCUUCCCUAUCAUCCGUCCUUGCAAUCUCCUAUCUCUCCCUUCUCUCCUUCUCUCUCUUCUCUUCUCUCCCUCCCUCCCUCCCUCCCUCCCUCCCUUCCCUCCCUCUCCCUCCCUUUUCUCCCUCCCUCAUCCCGACUUCCAAUCUUUCUCUCUCCCUUUCCCUCCCUUUCCCUCCCUUCCCUCCCUUCUCUCCAUUUUCUCCUUCCUCAUCCACUUCCAAUCUUCCGUCUCUCCCUUCCCUCCCUUCCUCCCUCCUCUCCCUCUCUUUUCCCUCCUUUUCUUCCAUCCCUCGCUUCCCUCCUUCCCCCCUUCUCUCCCUUCCCGCCCUUCUCUCCCCCCUUACCUUCUCUCCCUUUUCUCCCUUCCCUCUCAUCCCUCCAUGCAAUCUCCUGCCUCUCCUUUCUCUCCCUUCUCUCCCGUCCCUCCCGUCCCUCCCGUCCCUCCCGUCCCUCCCUUCCCGCCCUUCUCUCCCUUCAAUACCUUCGCUCCCUUCCCGCCCUUCUUCUCUCCCUUCAAUACCUUCUCUCCCUUCCCGCCCUUCUCUCCCUUCAAUACCUUCGCUCCCUUCCCGCCCUUCUCCUCCCCCCCACCGUAUCUCCGUUACCUUCCAUUUCAUCCCUACCCUUCCUCGUCUCUCCCUCCCGACAUCUCUCCUGCUUCUCCUUUCACUCCCUUUCAUCCCUUGCCUCCCUUGACUACCUUCCCUCCCUUCUCUCCCUUCGAUAGAAGUCUCUCCGUUCCCUCCUUUUCUCUCCCUUCUCUCUCGUGUCUCCCUUCCUCGCCCUUCACUCCCUUCCCUCCCUUCUCUCCCAUGUCUCCCUUCCUCGCCCUUCACUCCCUUCCCUCCCUUCUCUCCCUUCCCUCCCUUCUCUCCCUUCUCUCCCUUCUCUCCCUUCUCUCCCUUCUCUCCCUUCUCUCCCUUCUCUCCCUUCUCUCCCUUCUCUCCCUUCUCUCCCUUCUCUCCCUUCUCUCCCUUCUCUCCCUUCUCUCCCUUCUCUCCCUUCUCUCCCUUCUCUCCCUGCCUUCCUGUCCCCCAUCCUUCCUUCCUUACGCACUCCUCCAGCCAAUCUCUCCUCUUGCAAUCCUCACUGCCAUCCUUCCCUUCCGCUAA